UAUCAAACAGACAAAGGAUGAAGUGUUUUUUAAGAUACGUGGGUGAUCCCGGAUUCCAGGUAACAUUUAAUUUUUGUGAAAAUGAGAGCGCGUUUAUACAUUGUUUAAUUCACCCACAGGUAGGUGUGGGCGAAGAUUUAGGCGUCCAUCAAACUACAGUGUGCAAAACGAUAUGGUCCGUUUGUAAGGCGAUCGUCGAUAAAUCAGCCGAAUGGAUACACUUUCCUAAUACAGCGGUGGAGAUGGAACAAGAAAAGAAGUCAUGGCAGAGAAAAUAUCGAUUCCCCAGCGCCAUAGGUGCCAUAGAUUGCACUCAUAUUUUGAUCAAACGCCCAGGUAACUACAAAGAUGAAUUUGUCAAUAGGAAAGGAUUAAACUCCUUCAAUGUACAAGCAACAUGCAAUGCUACUGAACAGUUUACAAGUGUUGAUUGCGAAUGGGCUGGGUCAGUACAUGAUGCUCGAAUAUGGAGAAAUUCUGAUAUCUUCGAUAUCAUACAGGACAAUGCAUCUGGCGCACUUCUUUUGACUGAUGAAGCUUACCCACUCACCCCAUGGAUGAUGAAACCAUAUCGAGAUCCUGUAACAUCCUCACAGAAAAUGCUUAACGUGAUUCACACAAGGGAAAGAGUAAUUAUUGAACGUGUUUUUGGUCAAGUGAAACAAAGAUUUCCUAUCUUACAAUCAAAGGUACGCGUAAAAACUGAAAAAAAUCCUCGCAUGAUAGCUGCUUGUUUUAUUUUACACAAUGCAGCAAAGUAUCUAAAUGAUAGGGACUUUGAACUAGAUGAGACUACAACGUACGACAUAGCCGUUCCUGCAUCAACCGUUAUAGAAAAUACAGCGCUACAACGAGGACAAAAACGCCGUGAUGCUAUUGCAUCAUAUUUGCUAGGUGACCAUGUUUGUUAA